UUUAAGUUCAAUUUUAAAUGUUAGGUUACACUCAUUUAUAUUUAUAUUUUCCAGUAACUUAACAUUCAUUACACCUGUUUGAGUUAUUGUGUGCAAAAUGCAUUUCCUUGAAGAAGUGCUGUCAUCAGCAGAAAAAGUUGAGCUUGAUGAAGUUAAUAAAAAAGUACCGGAACUAAAGUCAACAAUAGAAAUAAUAAAAAUUGAGGUUAUACGUUACAUCGAAAACGUUUAUGUAAAAUAUAGUGGAAGGCCUAAACAAAAUAGAAUUUUGUUGAAUAAAGCACUUGAAAUUGAAGAAGAAAUAAAGACAUUAAAAAAUAAUGCCGAACAUGCAAUAAAGAAGGAAUUGCUAAAUUCCCAGAAUGAACUGGAGAAACAUAUAACUUCUUUAGAAAGCAUUAAUUUUGCCUUACAUGUGGUAUUUAAUCUGUGCCACAUUAAUGAAUCUUUAGUUAAUUUCACAGAGUUAUUAGAUUCAAAAAUGUAUUUAAACUCGAUGAAGUUGAUCUGUAAUUUGGAGAAAUUGAUAAAUGAAAUUCCCGAUGAUGAAUACAUUGAAGUAAUAGAUGAGCUGAAAGUUAAUAUCAACACUAAAAAGAAUAUACUUUUAAAUGAACUGAAAAAUGUAUUUACAGACAAUAUUAAUAUAAGUGAAAAUGAAGAUGAGAAAUCUAUUGUUAUAAAAAUUAAAAAAGACAUCAAUAACUUAGAGCAGGCCCUUUUUGCUUUAUAUUUUAAAAAUUCUGUGGUAUAUCCUUUGCAUAGUUUUGCCAAAUCUUUGUGGAACUAUGUUUUUGUGCCAGUUGUAGAUUGCACUGUUAAAAUAAACAUUAGUGAAGACGAUAAGUAUCACAUCCUCAAAGUUGUUACAGAAGAUGCCACAAAAAAAUGUGGAUAUUUGAAGGUAUUUUCUAAUUUGAAAAUUGUUUUGGAAUACCUUAAAAAGAAUUGUAAUGUACACAUAAAUGAAGAACUGACUUCCUUGGGAUACAUUGGCUUAGAUAUUAGAGACAAUUUAUCAGAAUUGCUAAUAAAAAACUGUCUACAGAACACUAUUCCGUCGAAUGCAGCGGAACUCCAGAAAUAUAAAGUCAUUAUAGAAGACACUAAAUCAUUAGAAGAGGUGUUAAGGGACUGUCACAUAUUUGCCGAAGAUACUGCAUCGAUAUUUGAAUAUGCAAAUAACGUGGACAUAUUAUUUAUCAACAAAAAGUGUAAUGAAUAUCUUGUAAUCUCUCAGGACAUAAUGAAGAAAGAUUUGCACGACAUAGUAGAAGUUGGUACUCCAUAUAAUCCCAACAAUCCAUUAGGAUGUAACAUAGAUGAAUUUCUACAAUGUUCAGUUUCCAAAAGUACUAUCGAGUUACUCCAAUUUACCGAGAAAAUUAUUCAGCAAGCCCUCACAGCUUCCGAUGUUUGUGGAGGUCGCCUCUUCUGUACAGUACAAAAUAUAUUCAGAAAAUACAGCAGUUUUGUUCCUGAGUACCAUAAAAAACUGUUGCAAACAAUACCACAACAAGUCGCUUUGUUUCACAACAAUUGCUUUUAUAUAACCUUCAAAUUAACUGAAUGGAAUCGACUGUAUUCCCCAAAAAUGUUGGCAGUUUUAAAAACGGAUAACUGUGGGUUUAAAGAUGAAAUAUAUCAAUUGCAGAAGAUAGCUUCCGAGACUUUUACUUCUUACGUGGAAGGACAGCUGAAACAAUUAAACGAGAUAAUGAAGGAAUCUGGCCUUGCAGGUCACACUUUGGACAAACUGGAGUUAGUCACGGAGAAAAGCAUAAGGCAGUGUUUAAGGCAGCAGGAGUUACUUAAAACUGUUUGGCAUAAGGUACUGCCAUAUCCUAUAUAUAACAAAACUCUUGGCGUGAUAUUGAAUUCUCUGUGCAAUAUUAUUAUAACUUCGGUUGUGAGAUUCGAGGACAUUUCGUGUGACGCAGCUGAACAGUUGGUGGAAAUAAUGAAAGUUAUUUUUAUGCGUGGACCGAAACUAUUCACGGAUCCCAAAGAGAUAAGUCUGUACGUCUCUUCUUGGUACAAACUGAAUGAACUGAAUUUUGUACUCGGUGCUAGUUUGUUGGAUAUUAAUGAUAGAUGGGCUGACGGUAAAGGACCUCUUGCCCUGCAGUUCAAGCCCGUCGAGUUGAAGCAGCUGAUUAGAGCACUUUUCCAGAAUACCGACAGAAGAUCAGCUCUUUUAGCAAAGAUCCAAGAAUAGAGUAGAGUGGUUCAUUGGGUUUUAUACAGUUUAUAUCUUGUACUUCACAUCAUUCUAGAGCUUUCAUUAAAUAAAAAUAUAAAUUAUUUUUUAUUAUAACAGAGGAACAUUAAAAUACUUGUUUUUU